AUGACUAAUGCAUCUCUUCUUGAAGAGUGGUUUUCGGCUAUUAAGACAGGAAACGUCGAUGCAGUGAAGCACCUUUUGGAGAAGUGCGCAGGAAGCUUCUGGAGCGACGGACAGACAGGACUAAUGAGAGCCGUACUUUCUAACAAUGAGGAAAUUGCCACUUUGCUGCUCCCAUACGAGAAGCAUCGCUUCUGUUACAGAGGAUACACUGCGCUCAUGUGGGCAGUGUACACAAAUAGCGCCCACUUUACUAAGCUUCUCGUGGAGGAGGAGGGUGGCGACCAGAAUGAAUGGGGCGCCACGGCCCUCAUGUACGCUGUUCUGUUCAAUAGAGAAGAGCUCAUUCCACUGCUCAUUGAAAAGGAAGCAAAGAAGGGCCUUACGAGAAACUUCUUUGGAGAGCUACCCUCCUAUGAGGACGGUAUCAUACCUCACUGUAUAGGCAAGACUGCCCUCAUGCUCGCCGCAGAAGCAGGCCUCCUGGGUGCAGUGAAGCUUCUGUUAGACAGUGAGAAGGAUUGCGUUUCUUCACAAAACAAGACCGCUGCAGACUACGCUUUGGAAGCCGGCAGAAAAGAUAUUUACACGUUUCUUAUUGAGGAGGGCGAGAUGGAAGAGCCCGCAGACGCUAACGAUCCAGCAAAGUUGAGAACCACUUACGAUCACGACGCUAAUAGGGGGUUUGGCAACCUUUCCCUAUUCUGUACUCCGCGAAGCGAAGAGAUAGUCUACCGACACCCUAUCACGUGGUCUUUAGAUGACAUAUCUUAUAUGUUUGAAAAAGCGGUUAAGGUGCAGAACAAGCUCUUCACCAACAGGCUGCUUCUUUUACUCUCUCUAGAUGCGGAGGUUGUAAAACGUGCAAACAAUUUUGCAAUGGAAAACAAGACGGCCAAUGCACGCCAAUACCGUCUUCUUUUAUUUGGACUUACCACUUGUGGAACAAUCUCCACACUGCGGCGUUUCCUCUUGGAUUUAGCGGACCCAUACUUUUCCACAUAUCUACUCACUGACAAGACAGACCCGGAUUUUAGGGAUGCAAGGCACCUGGUAGAUUUACUGGAGACAUACCUGGUCGAGUUUCUAGCUGCCCCGGGCUUCACCCCCGAGCUAGCGAGCAGUCUCUUUGACUCUUUCUUUGAUGACCUGAGCACGAUAGGGUGCCUGGAGCACUUAGAGACUUACCAACUCUGUGUUGUUUGCAUGGACAGGUUGUCAGAUUGCGUUCUAAUGCCUUGUAGACACGUUUCUUUCUGUAAGCAGUGUAUCCCCGAGCUGAAUACCAAGCGGGAGUGCCCAAUUUGCAGAUCAGAAAUUACAUCCUAUUUCCAAGUCAAUGCACCCUACGACUUUUACGCCACGGAUGCUACCCGUCGAAGAUUGGAAGAACUGGAUGCGCAGUAUGCAAGGCAGUUAGCCCAGGAAGAAUAUGAAGUCAUGGAGAAUCUGUAA